AUGGUCUUAUCUAGAGGAGAAACCAAGAAAAAUAGUGUGAGAUCGACUCCAAAACAAGAAAAGAAACCUCAAUCGACGUUUCAAUCUUUAAAACAAUCACUUAAACUUAGCAAUAAUAAGAAGCUGAAACAGGACACAGUGCAACCCUCGAGCGAUACAAGUAAAUCCGUCAAAACCAAAAAAAUUGGCACAUAUUCGAAGAGAACUGGAACACAAAGGAAAAGGAUAUCAACCCAGAGAUUUUCUUUGUUUACGUACGGCAAUGUUCAGGUCAUGAAUUCAUUUGUCCCCAUUCAUAAUGAUAUUCCAAAUAGCAGUUACAAUCGUAGAAACUCCCAGGUAUCCGCAAAUAAUGCCGCUGGAACGAGCAGAGCGUCUUUCAAUGAUACACAAAGUCAAGAUAGUCAAAACACUAUUAAGUUAAAGCCUACAUCUUUAAUGGCAAAGGGACCAAUUGAGAUAUAUCAGAUAUGUACCGGGUUUGAUAAGGUAAAGGAAGAUAUGGUGCCCGUUCAAAAAUCUAGUAAACCCAGUAGUCAUGACGGGCACGUAGUAAACUAUUUAUCGAUAGGACGACAUGGUGAUAUUGUGCAUCCAGUACUACCCAAACUACAAAUAACAAGGCUGAAUGGGACAGGUUUCAAAUACUUUAUUAGUUUUUAUAAUCCGGAACGGUAUUGGGAGAUCGAAUUUCUGCCUUUAACUUGUCAGUCCCAAUCAGAAUUGGAAAACAGUGUAAAAGCUUUUGAAAACGUCAUUAACAAAAUUUGCCAUUUUUCGCAUAUUAACGAAGAAGCUACUAUCGGGAAUAAUGAGUCCUUGAGCGAUAAGUUUACAGUGCCACCCACUUUAGAUAUGGAGCCCCCUAAUAUUGAAUUAACCGAUGAUGAUGAUGAUGACCUAAAUUAUCUGCUGGAUGAAGAAGACGAACACGGUUGUACAGAUAACAGCUUCUCCGUAAUAUCGAAUACUUGCUCUAAUCUGAGUGCAAGCUUUCUCUAUCCCAGUGAUCCUACCAAUGCCGUGUCAAUUUCUAUCAAUGAAGCUUUCAAAAAUGCUAUCAGGCGAACCGCUCCUGUGCUGAACAUUCCAAUAAUGGCCCCGAGUAUCCAUUUGAAACAACAAAACAAAAGGUAUAGUUCAUAUUCUUUUAUAGAAUCUUCCCCAUAUCUGCAGGAUAGGCAUAGAAGGUUGCAGAGAAGAUCCAUAUCUGGGCUUGGCGAUCUUUGA